AUAUAUAUAUAUAUAUAUAAAAUCAUGUUGUAUUCCUCAUCAUUGCAUGUAAUGAAAAUUUGUAUUUGGCCCAUUCUCUAUUUCACAUCCUGCCGCUGUCUGUAUGUCUGUCGCUUCUCUGCAGGUAAGUCUCACAUGGCUAUGGUCCAGAAAGUGAACAAUGAAGGAGAAGGCGAUCCAUUCUACGAGGUGAUGGGGCUAGUCACAUUGGAGGAUGUUAUUGAGGAGAUUAUAAAAUCGGAGAUAUUGGAUGAAUCGGAGGAUUACAAACAAGCCAUAAAGAAGAAGCAUCCUAAAGUGCAUCCCAUUCCAAUACCACGUGGAGGAGAGGACCUAUCAUUUUUCAAGGGUGGCGACUUGGAACAAAAAGUCAAGAUAUCACCCCAACUAUUACUGGCCACUCAGCGCUUCUUAUCUCAGGAAGUGGAGCUUUUCAGUGCCACUCGGAUGUCAGAGAAGGCUCUUUUGCACUUGCUGAAACUCCCAGGAGUCACACAUGAAGUGAAAUUUGAUGACAGUGAACGGUUUGCUCCUGAACACUAUUUGUACCUGCGCAGCCAACCUGUGGACUAUUUCAUACUUAUUCUACAGGGAAAAGUGCUGGUAGAAAUUGGGAAGGAAUGUCUAAAGUUUGAGAAUGGAGCAUUUACUUAUUACGGAGUUGCUGCAUUGAGUCCGUGCCUUUUAAGUCCUAACUCUCCAUCCAGUGGCCAUGAGCACAGUGAUUCUCCAGACUCUGGUUUUUACUGUCCUGACUACUCUGUGAAAGCAUUGUCUGAUCUACAGCUAGUCAAGGUCACUCGGCUUCAAUAUCUCAAUGCUCUGCGGACCUCACAUUCACACACCAGUGCUCAGUCUCCAGACAGCAUAGAGCUGAAGAUAUUUCCAAACAGCCAGACACAGCUAUUCAAUGACAGGAAUUCUGGAUCAGAUCUGAAGAAGGAAGUGCUGGAAUGCAGAUGA